AUGAGAGUGAAAAAGCCCACAUCCAAGAGAACCACCACGCGUAUGCGGGAGGGUAUCAAGAAGAAGGCUGCUGCUCAACAAAGAAAAAAUAAGAAAAACGCAAAGAAAGAUGUCACCUGGAGAUCUAGACAAAAGAAAGAUCCUGGUAUCCCAGCCAGUUUCCCAUACAAGGAGCAGAUUAUCCUGGAAUUGGAAGAUGGCAGAAGAGCCGAGAAGGAGAGAAAAGAGGAGCUUCGUUUGAAGAAGCAACAAGAAAGAGAGGAAGCAUUGGCUAGAGGAGCCGAUGUGGAAGAUCUCAUGGAUGAGGAAAUCGAAGAUGAAAGUAACGAGGGAGGUUUGGGUGCCUUGUUGGAGUCUGCUCAGCAGGCAGCCAGAGAAUUCGACAACGAAGAUGACUCUGAUGCUAUGGAGAACGACUCCGAUGAGGAUGUGGAAUACGAAAUCAGUGAUUCUGAAAUCGACCGUGCAGACCUCGACAAGUCCAGAAAGGCCUACGACAAGAUCUUUAAGGCUGUUGUGGAGGCAUCCGAUGUCGUCUUGUAUGUUUUGGAUGCCCGUGACCCAGAAUCCACCCGUUCUAAGAAGGUCGAGCAGGCCGUAUUGCAGAGUGGAGGUAAGCGGUUGAUUUUAUUAUUGAACAAGGUAGACUUGGUUCCGACCGAAGUGUUGACUCAGUGGCUCAACUUCUUGAAGCUGUCGUUUCCAACUAUCCCAAUCAAGGCAUCUCCAGGUGCAGUGGGACAGAGCAUGUACAAUAAAAACCUUUCUAGUGGAAUUACGGCCAACACGUUGUUGCAAGCGCUCAAGAGCUUUGCUGCCAAGUCCAACCUCAAAAGAUCUAUUGUGGUGGGUGUAAUUGGCUAUCCAAAUGUGGGCAAGUCGUCCAUCAUCAACGCAUUGACCAACAGACACGGCCAGCAAAAAGCCUGCCCCGUUGGAAACAUGGCUGGUGUCACCACGUCCAUGAGAGAAGUCAAGAUCGACAACAAGCUCAAGAUCUUGGACUCUCCAGGUAUUGUGUUCCCAGACGAAGUGUCAUCUAAGAAGAAUGUGUCUGAAGCCAAGUUGGCUCUUUUGUCAGCCAUUUCUCCUAAGAACAUCAGAGACCCUGUUUUAGUGGUUGAGCAUUUGCUUAAAAGAUUGGCUAAAGACACCACCAUGGCCGAUGCUUUGAAGGAGUACUACAAGGUGCCCUCGUUGCCUUCAUCAGACUUGAAGGAGUACACUAAGCAGUUUUUGAUUCACGUGGCCAGAGCCAGAGGCAGAUUGGGCCGUGGAGGUGUUCCUAACUUGGAGUCUGCUGCUCUUAACGUGUUGAAUGACUGGAGAGACGGCCGUAUUACCGGAUGGGUGUUGCCUAACUCUUCCAAGGCACAAGCUGCUGAGGUGAACAUCGACGGACCUAAGAGUGCGUUGAGAGGCGAGAAAGAGCCACCUAAGGUUGAAAACACUACUGUUGUGACGCAAUGGGCCGAGGAGUUUGACUUGGGCGGCUUGUUAGGUGACAACUUUGGCCUUUAA